ACUCUCACUGGGUGGAGACUGAAGCCAGGUUUUUGGCUCUUGGCAGAAUCCUUUCCACUGACCAGCGGUCACAAACAUCUAGAUUGACUUCAGUGGGCUCGGUGGCUACAUAGAGUCUAAACGCAGGCGUCCCAGGCCAGCAAUGGAUCUGCCUGUAAACUUGACCUCCUUUUCUCUCUCUACUCCCUCCUCUUUGGAACCUAACCGCAGCUUGGACACGGAAGUCCUGCGCCCUAGUCGGCCUUUUCCCUCAGCUUUCCGAGUGCUAGUCCUGACCUUGCUGGGCUUUCUAGCUGCGGCCACGUUCACUUGGAACCUGCUGGUUCUGGCCACCAUCCUCAGGGUACGCACCUUCCACCGAGUACCACACAACCUGGUAGCAUCCAUGGCCAUCUCAGAUGUGCUAGUGGCUGUGCUGGUUAUGCCACUGAGCCUGGUGCAUGAACUGUCUGGGCGCCGCUGGCAGCUGGGCCGGCGUCUGUGCCAGCUGUGGAUAGCAUGUGACGUGCUCUGCUGUACCGCCAGCAUCUGGAACGUGACAGCAAUAGCCCUGGACCGCUACUGGUCAAUCACGCGCCACCUGGAGUACACACACCGUGCCCGCAAGCGUGUCUCCAACGUGAUGAUCCUGCUCACCUGGGGACUCUCCGCUGUCAUCUCUCUGGCUCCGCUGCUCUUUGGCUGGGGAGAGACUUACUCCGAGCUCAGUGAGGAAUGCCAGGUCAGUCGGGAGCCUUCCUACACCGUGUUCUCCACUGUGGGCGCCUUCUACCUGCCACUGUGUGUGGUGCUCUUUGUAUACUGGAAGAUUUACAAGGCCGCGAAGUUCCGCAUGGGCUCCAGGAAGACCAAUAGCGUCUCCCCCAUACCCGAACCUGUGGAGGUGAAGGAUGCUACGCAACAUCCCCAGAUGGUGUUCACGGUCCGCCAUGCCACCAUCACCUUCCAGACAGACGGGGAUACGUGGCGGGAGCAGAAGGAGCAAAGGGCGGCCCUCAUGGUGGGCAUCCUCAUUGGGGUGUUUGUCCUCUGCUGGUUCCCUUUCUUUGUCACGGAGCUUGUCGGUCCCCUGUGCUCCUGGGACAUCCCUGCCAUCUGGAAGAGCGUCUUCCUGUGGUUGGGCUAUUCCAACUCCUUCUUCAACCCACUCAUCUACACUGCAUUCAAUAGGAGCUACAGCAGUGCUUUCAAGGUCUUCUUCUCCAAGCAACAAUGAGAGGCCACGUGGGCAUGCCUUCCUCCCGUAGCUCGGUGGAUUAUCCUGUCCCAUGAACCUUUGCAGUCUGCCCAGCUGUCCUGAGGACAAGAUCCAUCUGCCAAGGGCACCAGGGUCACAUCAGAGCUCAGCUCACUUCAGUUCUGUGCCUGUGUGUUGGAAGUUUGUCUUCACCUGAAGUCUCUGGUGGCUUAUGUCCCCAAUCUGGGCACGCUUCCUCACUCAGUACCAGCAGCCACGGACCUGGCCCACAAAGUGCCCAUUUCUCCUCCAACUCCACUCCACGGGGACAUGAGAAGUUUGAUCAGGACAGACAGGAGGGAGGAAGUGAGAGCUGAGGCAGAAAGAACAAAACUGGAAGUCAGUAGGAAUCACAGACACCUGUAACCCUAGCACCAAGGAAACUAAGGCAGGAGGAGCUCAAAUCUGGAGCCAGCCUGGGCUACAUAGUAGGUUCAAAACCAGCCUGAACUACCUAACAUCAUAUAUAGCAACAACAAAAUGCACAGGGGAGGCUGUUUGAAAAGCAGCAGACCAUAAGGGCAAACUUCCCAGAACAGCCCUAAUUUCAGAGUUCUGCUCUGUGUUCCUGGAGUGUAUGUCCCAAUACUGGGUCCUUCCUAAUAUUUGAUCACAAAAUUCUGUCCCCAAACAUGUCAAAGCACCGUCCCAUUUGUGAUGAUAGUGAUUCCUGUCUUUACCAUUUGUUCAUUGUAAACACAAA